AUGCCCGACCGUCUCUCUCGCCUGUUCAAAUCGAAGCUGCUGCGGCGAUCGUCUACUUCAACGGUGCCUCUGAAGAAGCAAAAGGCGGACUCCAGAGCGGUCGACUCCAGUACUUUGACCUCUUCGCCCUCGGACAAUGUCGUCUCUUCCUGCGCGCCUUUCUUCCCUUCCCCUUCUUCCCCCGUCGAGUCUACUGCAAAGCCCCGCGCCUAUAGCGUUGUCUCUUCGCUACCACUCGACCAUCCAAGCUCCCCAAACGAGAUACUCGCGGGCGCGGGUCCAGCUACUCCGGCGACCGGUACCUCCGCCGAUUAUCAGGGGCACCACCAUAACCACCAGCAGCACCAGCAUCACCACCAACAAGGGCAGUAUUUCGACUCGACUGAAGGAUCCGAGUCGGCAGGAAAAGGCCGUCCGGACGAAGUACGAACGAGGAGAGGAUCGCAGCCAAAAAGUUCGGAUCGGUCAAGCAAUUCCUUGGAUCCAGGUCCCACUACCACGACCGCCGCCUCCGCCGCCGCAGACCAGUGGCAACAACCCGAUCAGCUUCGGAAAAGAAACGACUUCUCCGGGCUGCAGUCGACUCGUUUGCCUAUCUCCUCGCUUCCCCUUUCAGAUCCGUUUGGUGGUGCUUUGCAUUCGCCCAGGCUACUGCAAGAGCAGGAUCAACAACGCUCCGGUGUCAAUCCUACGACAACCACCACCGUUGACCCUCGGGCCUCGACUCCGUCGCUUGCACCUGUGGCCGAAUUGGUCCCCUCUGACCAAAUUCCAAAUACUAGUAACUAUCAUCACUCGUCCGCAGCACCUCCGCCUACGUCCACUUCGUCCCUCAAACGUCCUAGCCUUGUCGUGCGCAGACAGUCUCUGCUUCCGCCUAACCAACAACACUUGGUUAGUGGUAUCCUGGACCCGGGUCUUUUAUUCCACAACGGCACUCAAGGUACUAGCAGUCGCGGAGUUCCAGUCAACGUCGAGAUGCCAACCCGCAAGAUUUGGGUUAGACGACCAGGUGGUUCGCCAACGUUGGUGCCGAUUCUGGAGGAUGCCGUGGUGGACGAGUUACGCGAUCAGGUGAUUGUCAAAUUUACCAAUUCGUUGGGGAAGACGUUCGAUUCGCCCGACAUCGUGAUCAAGAUUGUUCCACGCGAUGGCUCCACCAAACAGUCCACCCCGGAACGGUUAUUGAACCCGGAGGAAUCACUGACAUCGGUAUUGGACAACUACUUCCCCGGGGGCCAACGCGUGGAGGAUGCUUUGAUCAUUGAUGCCCCACCCCGUCGAACACCGAAACCGUCUCCGCGUCCGAUGUACUAUCAUCAUUCUGAUUCCGCUGAACAUGGGGAUUACUUCUCCAUUGUGCCUAUGAACGCCAAUGUCUCGACGCCCCCGACACAUGUGUCCAGUUCUGCUACCAGUGUCAAUGCGCAUCCGACUCCAUCGAUAUCGAUACUCGCUACGGGCAAGGCUCCUCCUCUCCCAUCUCCGGGUAGUACCCGCACAAAUCGACACGCUCGUCGAAACCCUACGAUACGCCAUCCCACACACCCCACAAACUCUCCAACCUCGCUUCAGACACCAGUACAAAAAGUCGAAUCCGUCACCCCCGCUGUUCAAAGCCCUCAAGCACCUCCAGCAGCUGCUACACCACCACUUCCUCCACCACCCGAAUCUCCACAAUCUAAGACAUUGACUCCGCCAACACGGGGAUCGUCACCACGAGCACGGCCCUCAUAUAAGGACAAGAAGCCCAACAGUCCGCUGUCGCUAAGUGCCGCCUUUGGCGGCCUCAUCGAAGGCACUGUCCCUCCGAUCAAUGUCCUAAUCGUCGAAGAUAACAUCAUCAACCAGAAACUCCUGGAAGCCUUCAUGAAACGUCUCAGUGUCCGUUGGAAGUGCGCAGCGAAUGGCGAAGAAGCCGUGAAGAAAUGGCGCCAGGGUGGAUUUCACCUGGUGUUGAUGGAUAUUCAACUCCCCGUCAUGAACGGAUUGGAAGCUACAAAAGAAAUCCGACGACUGGAACGGUUGAACGGGAUUGGUGUCUUCCCUAAGACCCCUGAUGGGCGCUCCAGCGCUACCAACGCCAACACAUACUUUACACCAGGGGCAGGCCAGGGAGCAUCAAGUACAAUCAAGGAAGAGGAUACAUUACACGACCGGACACUAUUCAAGAGCCCCGUCAUCAUCGUCGCCUUGACAGCCAGCAGUCUACAAAGUGACCGUCACGAAGCCCUCGCCGCCGGCUGCAACGACUUCUUAACCAAGCCCGUCGGCUUUCCCUGGCUCGAACAAAAAGUCACAGAAUGGGGUUGCAUGCAAGCCCUAAUCGACUUCGACGGCUGGCGCAAAUGGCGUGGCUUCAACGACGACCCCGAGCCCUCUCCCUCCCCCACAACAGACGGCCACACCAGUCCCAUGCACAUGAGCACGGCGGUGACCAAGCCUCCGUCGCCAGUAUCCCCGUCGUCGACGCGUAGUCCGGCGGUUAAGAGUCAGGUUGACGGGGCUGUACCGGCGUUUGAAGGUGAGGGGAGAGGGGAGGAAGUCGAAGAUCCGCCGCGACUGCCGGAGCAGACGGAGAUUGCUCGGGAGGAUGGUGAAUAA